UGUCCCUCUCUCGCUCUCUUCUCACUUGCUCCUCUUUGCUCUCUCUUGCUCUCAAUCGACUAUUGUUCAUUAAAAUUGUGUUCAGCAACUUCCCUGUUUGUCCAGGUAAUCUGGAACCAGAGGACCGAGGGGUGUCAGAUAAAAGCAGCUUUUACUGAUCACAGGAUGUAUGUCUUCAUGUUACUGUAAUGGAGUUGCAGAUGACGAUCAUCUUCAUCUUUUUCUGUAAGUUGACACAUGAUCGUCUCAUCUGCUGAUGUACAGUUGAAGAGUCACCAGUUAGGCAUUAAGGGAGGAUCCAUCACUUUUCCUGAUCCUUUGGAGAAUGGACUUCUUAUAUUUGAAAGAAGUAGCAUUGCUGAAGUGAAGGACAAAAAAAUAGAUAUAUUUGAGGAACCUUACAAGGACAGACUUUUAUGGAACAACAAAACUGGUCUUUUCACAAUCAGAGGACUAAAGCAGAAGGACUCUGGUGCUUAUGGUAUUGACCCUAAAAAAGGACUUAGUUCCAUAAUAUAUCAUAAAAUCACUGUAUAUGAGUCUGUAGCAGCUCCUGCAGUGGAAACUCUGAACGUGAGCACAGAGAGCUGCUCCUUUCUGUGUUUGGUGACCAAGACUGAAGAGACGACUCUGCUGUGGUACAAAGACGAGGAAAUAAUCAACCAGAGCAGCUCUGCUCUCUCACUGCCUCUCACUGUACACAGACAUGAUGUCACAUCAUCUUAUAGAUGUGUGGCAGCCAACCCUGCUGAAAAUAAGACUCUUCAUGUCGAUGUUAGGAACAUCUGUGUGGAACUUAACUCAGGCAGCAAGAGUGACCUCAACACUAGACGCUAUAUGAUCAUAAUUCCUAUCGUGUUGGCCGUGAUUGUUAUACUUGUUGCCCUGUUCAUCAGAUGGUUUGUCCUCAACCACAAGAAGUCAACCAUACAAACACAAGUGAAUAGAUACUCUGACGUGGUGUACUCAUAUGUCCAUAUAAACGCAGACAGAUGCAGCCAGGGAAGAAAUUUACCAGACUCAUCAGAACCUGAUGAACACCCCGGCUUAAGAUUGGUGUACUACAAGCUGAUGGGGCAGCAUCCCCUGUCUCCUCCUGAAACAGAUGAUCAUGUUUAUGACCAAACAACAAACUUCCCACAUGCAUGAGCAGCUUAGUGAUUCCAGAAACAGAAGACACUAUCAGUGUGUCAAUAUCAAGCAGCUACUUGUAUUCAAGGUCAUUACACAAUAUGUGCUCAAUAUUCUGAUUUCUAUGCUGUCUCUUUUUGCAAUUUAUUUGUCGUUAACAUUUCAAUGUUUUCAUAUUGCUUUGAAUUAAAAGUGUUAAAAAAUCGUCCACACAUCUCAAAGUGUCUUUAGUCCCUCAAGGCUUAUGAAGAAACAUUCUUGUUGGUGCGCAGUAAGGAUCAAACACCAUUAGUACAUAAAUAAGCCUGAAAUGAUUAGCACUCUUCUUUCUGAUUAGAAGAACUUUGUUACAUUUAUACCAGUACAGUUUGUUAUGCUGCAGUGAGCCGCUUAUAUUUUUGUAACUCUUUUGCAAGUUAUGCUCGAAUAUUGGCCUAUUUUUUGGAAUGUGAUUUUUGUACACCAAAACGUUGUAGCUGCCUUUGUUUGUGUGGAACAUGAAAUGUUGUUUUAAUAGCAUCUACUUUUAAAAACGAAAGAGAAUGAUGACAACAGUAAAGAGCAUUUGACUUGA